AGUAGUCCUGUUUAUUUUUUACAGUAGUCCUAAAACUGUUUGAACGGAACAUGUUGUGAAAAGAACUCAAGUGCUCAUGGCUCUAUUGUUAUACGACAAGCAAAUAAAGUGCAGACAGACCGAAGAUGUCGUCGUCACCUAAAGCAGCGGGUACGUCAUCAGGAGGUCAGAACACUUGUCAACAGCUCGUACCCAGCAUGUACCCGACGUGCUUUCCUCCGUGGCCCAUGAUGCCGACAACAACUUCAGGAGGGCCAGUUGCAACUUGGCCUCCUCCGCCGUUCUCGGCUAUAAGCCCAUGGGUAAAUCCUCAUAUGCAGGGUUUGCAAGUGCAGCCUAAGUCUCAACCUGACCACUAUACAGUUGACUCCAUGCGUCGUAUCUACAGCAACGAAGAUGCAAGCAUUGAAAUUGAGCGGGUCAAAGUGCAGAGGCGCCAGCAAACUGUCCAGAUGCAUCCUGAGUCUCCGGUAUUGGCUUUCCAGUAUUUCCCACAACAUUUUCCCCAGAUGAUGGGAAGUACAACCGGAAUAUUCCCUGGUUUUGAGCCAGUUCCGGUUCCGAUAAUUCGGCCGCCGCCUCGGAAACACCGAAAGAACCAGUUAAGUAAGCAAUUGGUACCUUCACAGGCUGUUGUCCCUACCUCAUUCCCUCAACCAGGCUAUCCUUAUCCUGCACCUUAUUUCCCAUGCAUACCGUGCCCGUAUCCUUACCCAUAUCCAUAUUUUGGUUAUCCUGCUCUUCAAACCCAUUCCACUCCUGAACCAUCAACGUCCGUGAGUGUCAGUGACACAAAGAAAAUUCAAAACGACUCAAUUCAGAAACGAUCACUUCCUGCUCACCCUUCUACAAAACGACUUGAAUCCGGUACUCCGCGAGUUGUGAGUGAUUCGAUUUCAACAAACGCAGACCGCCCAGUAUCGCCGAAUGCCCCGUCCCAAGUAUCAGUGACAAAUGAGUCUCUCAGUACUGACAUUGCGCCUUCCGACAGCGUUUCGAUGGUAGGUUAUAAAAAGGGUAACGAUAGAAAAGUGCAGGACAUGGACAAGGACUCUAACUGGAUGCUUGAAAUGCAAAAGCAUUUGGCCAGCAUAGACGCCUUGUCGGAAGAUGGCGAUCGCUCGUCUUUUACCACCGCGCAUUCGGAAGCGCCAACCCCACCAGUUCGAAGACAGCGUUUCAAGAAAAGUUUGAAACAGGUAAGCAUAGAUGACAUUAGUGAAACCACAAUCGACACAUCCAUCCCAGAAAAAUCAAGUACCAACCUUAAAACCGCUUUCGUGGAUCUGGAGACUUCGGUGGAUGCCUUCCGAACAGAGGUUUCUUCCGAAGUGAAUGUAGUGCCUGCAGCACUACCGCCAAUCGACCCCAAAACAAAACCCGAAGAUGAAGUGGGAAGGAGCUCUAGUGUGGUUUCAUAUCAUUCAGCAAGGAACGUUCCUGACGUUAUUGACGAUAUGAGAGAUACAACUGAAAGUUUGAUCGCUACUGACGGUCAGCUUGGAGGCGGGGAAGAUGGAGUGUCACUCGCACACAAUGAUGAGAAGGAUGAUCACGAGAGUUCUGACUGCCGUCAGUGGGUGCUACUGAAGCAAGAAGAAGUUCCUGACGUGACAAGCGUUUGGCUCACCGACGUCAGCGUGUGGCGAGCGCGACUGGUUGUAUCACUCGACCGUGGUCAGGGUUUGGACCAGCAUGAUUGGGCCACCUUCCACCUGCUUAUUCAACAUCCGCUUCCCCUGCACCUCAAACUAUCUCUGCUACACGCUCCUCGAAUCUGUGCAGCCAAUACCGACAUCGGCGCCGCGCAGGUUCGAGCGGCGCUCCUGCAGUUGGCGCGGCACGCGCAGGUGCUGCUGCAGCGAGAGGAUUUGCGACCUCUUGGCUGGCGGACCAUCGUGGCCCACGGCAACCAGCCCUGGGUGCCUGUCAAGGGAGGUCUCGAGAUUUUACGAUUACUUGGUUUCCGUCAGCGUGAAGAUGGAAUUUUGAAGUACUCUCGAAGAUUGUCACUCGACGCGUCUCACCUUGCAAGACUCACGCUAGAUUUGCUGUUGUUCGCCGAUGAGCUCAGACUUUACCUCACAGGAGGUCAUCUGCACCCCACGAACAUAUCUGACCUCUUCUGCCCCAUGACCUCCUUGCCUGCAUCUCCCCAACUAUUGGGCCUUCGUAUGAACCCAGGCCCGACAUCUGAGCAUGAUUCAUCGACAGACAUGAAAUCAGCAGAAACUACACCGGUUUUGGCUAGAAAAGAUAAUUAUGAAGAGUUGAAUGAUCUGAAUGCUAAGGAGCAUUCGGGGAAAGUUAGCUAUAAUGACCAGCUCAUUCAACGAACUUCGUCUGAGGAAGAAGUUACUUUGCACGAAAAUGAUAUAAGCAAAGACAUCCCAAACCAUGAAGACAAAAACGAAGAUGCCACAUCUAAAACCGAUCAAAGAUUAUCAGCUGCUUCAUCACAUGAUGGCGUGUCCACAGUCGCGUCCGAUGCAGUGUCUAUUAGCACAGACAUGGCGAGCCUACCCGAGCUUCAAACGGCGUCUAGAACUUCUUCUAGAGUGGGAAACUUUGAAAAUAAACCAAAUUUCACUGCUGGCUCUCAAACACUUCCAUUGAAAUCAGACGGAGAUGGGAUCAAGGAAUCUAAUCCCCCUCGUGUCAAGAGGGACGACCAUAUUUAUGAAGAAAUUGGGGAUAUUCGAGCGCAAGUUCAGAAAUUGCGUACUAGUGUUAGUGUGCCGAAUCUGCCUCCUCCAUUGCCGCCUAAAACACGUUCCGCGGAUGGAGAGGGUAGCAGCACCUACUCCAGAGGUGGUUGGAGUCCAGCAUCUUCAUUUGGCGGCUCAACAGGCCGUAGACGAAGGAAGCGCAGGGCACCGCUCCCUCCGAGCUUCAUGAGGAAUGAGUUAAAGCAAGAUUACUCAUGCUCUCCCGAUUACAAGACUCAACUGGAAUCACCUGCCGCGGUGCCAAGAGAAUUUCGCCAAAGCGAUCGAAAUCCUUUUUACGAAGAAAUUGGGGAAAACAGGCCUAAGCUUCCAGUGGUGCAAGAGAACAAUGACCUAGAGAUCAUUGGAGGCAACCCAUUCUUAGAUUCACGGCCAGAGCCCAGUGGUUACGUUGGAGCAAAUCCGUUUUAUGAAGAUGUCCAACAGGUAAAAAGAAAUUCUUCGUUAUCUACUUCAAACACUAUCUUUAAAACAGAGCCUACUGAGGAUUCUUCCACUUGUACGACGAAUGACGGAAUACAUCCUGUACCCAAUAUUCAGCCAAAACAAAUCGCCUCACCCAUUCCAACUUCGGACGGUUGUGGAGGCAGAGAAGAGAUUCUAGCACAGAUCAAUCCUGUUGGUAACCAAUCCAACUCAGUUCCACAAAAUGGUCUCGAUUCAAAAGAAAUGGUCGGGGUGGUCGAAUCAGAGCUUCAUGACGUCGACUUGAAUUCUACUGAAGAUGACGCAGCUCAAAAUAUUAGCAUAGGUCAAAUUAGAGAAGAAAAUUCAAAGACGUCAAAAAACGAAGAACAGAAACAACUCAGCGGCUCUCAGGGUGUUGUUUCUGUUGAUUUGGUUACUGAGAGCACAGACUUGAGCAGUCAAGUCAAGCACAGUGGUUUAACAAGUUUCUCACCAGAACACAAGGAAUCCAAGAUGCUUAUUCGGAAGACUGAUGGAGGUGCUGUUGACUCCGAGCGUAUCUCAUCGACGGCCCCGGCGAGUACGAAGAAUCAGGUCUCAGAUGAGAGGGUUGGGGAUUCGCAAAUUGGAAAUGAGGGUUGUCUUCCUCUCGUGAGCAUCGAUGAAGUUCAGAAGAUUUCACAACUUCCAGCUCGUAAGAUCAAUCAAACGAAAGAGGGCAGACUGGAAUCUUUCAUCGAAAAUAUGAAUUCGGAACCAGCCAUUGUUUUUACAGUUGAAGCUCUUUCAAAAUCGACGCCCGGUGUUGUUACUGGGAAAUUGAAUGGAAACAAAGAUGAAACAAACCAAGAACAUGUCUUAGUUACUGACUACUGUCUUAAAGGUAUUGAUGAGGCUACCGAGAAAAAUGCCUCCCAAAACGCCAGGAAGACAAGUGCAAGCAAUUUAUCAAUCGGACUGAAGUCAAUCGACGACAUACCUUACAUCGACACAAAUGAUGUUUUGAGAUAUAAAUCGGAAGAGGAGUUUAACAAAACUAAAUUAUUAACGACUCUGCAGCGGAAUCAAGGCUCUUCAAAAUCAAACUUAAAAACUUCUGGCGAAUAUUUUGAGAAGUCGGAAAGCACCAAUUUGAACUAUCCUCCUCUACAUUCUCCACCUCCUCCACCACCUUCAACUUCUCCACCUGAAUCCGAUUACCCCGAGAGUGAGAGAGUUGUCCUCCCAUAUACGCGACUCGAUAAUGUGGCACUGGAUGUCCUCGAUCAGAAUCAUAACCCAAAUUCAACCGAAAAAAAUUCAAUAGAGAAUACGAAAUCCAGUGAGCAAUGUCCAGGGACAUCUAUGACACUCGACACAGUGGCACAAGAUUCACGUGAUUCAUCUAAGCAAUUAAAUUCGCAAGCCGAAAAUAUAGACGAGAAAGAGCAGAGUGGAUCAAGCGAAGAUCUUGAACUGCGAUCACCUAUCGUAUUUGGAAGUAUUAGAGACAAAGAAACCAAAGAAGUUGCCAUUUCAAGCGGCUACUACGAGAUACCGGAACACCCCGAGAAGCCUCCGCUUCUCCCUGCCAAACCCAACAACUUGCGCUGUGGAUCUUCUAUUCAGAUAGCUCCUGAAAUUCCUCCAAAACUUUCUAAAUUGGCCAUAAAUGCAAAUAUAGAAAAAUCUGCUAUCGAAGGAAAUAGUAAAAAAAUUUCGGACGUUUUUUCAACAAAUACGUUGGCUACAGUGGUCACACCUUCGCCGAAACGAACAGGAAAGGAACCAAGAAAGCUUCCAUACGUCGAUGGUAACACCAGUCCCAGUAAACCACCCCGGCGCCAGAAGUUUGCCACCCUCAGCUCGGCGGUGCCUCCUCGACCUCCAAAAAACUUCGACAAGAGCUCAUCGUUUACAAAGAUACAGAAAUCAAAAUCGAAUACUCUACCUGCCUCAUCUCGUAUCCCGAUUACGAGUGGAAGAAAACCUCACCACAAAUCUGGGCGAAAUUCAGCCGCUCCUUCUCUUUCCACUCCUGCGAGCCCAAAACCAACUGUAAAGCCCGUAAUUUCAGGACUCGGGCAAGAAGCUAAGUUCCGCAAGUCCUGGCCUUUUCUCCUUUGCGAGUGCCUGUAUACCCACGAUAGCCGAGACUCUCUAAGGAGCAAACCGCAUUUCUAGUUUUCACGUUGCACAAAUAUGAAAGAAGACCUUGGUGGUGAAUAAAAGGAUUUAGUAAAUAUUCCUUCAUAAAUUUAAAACGCAGAAUUCGCGGAACUGCAAGAUAGAUAACAAUAGAUUAUUUUACAAUAUGACUACAGAUGAAAUAGGCUAAUGAAUCAAUAUAUAAGCUGUUAGGCUGAUAGCUUCUCUGCAAAUGAAUCUAAAAAAAUUUUGGCAAUUCCCUACAUGCGUGAAGUAUUCCACUCUUUGAAAUACAUUAUUCAAAAGCUA